AUGGGAAGCAAUAUAGAGGAGAGCAUUCUUGCACUAUGCAGGCAGCAUCCAGAGGGCCUCCCAGAAGCUGUCCUGGAGCAGUACAUUCCAGCUACUCAGAGGACUACAGCAAUGAACAACCUGCUUGCCAAGCACCGCCUCAGAAUCCUGCAGCAUCCCAGGGACAAUUCACUGGUCUACCAGGAAGUGAUACAGGAGGAGGCAGCCAAAUUGAAGGGCUUAUCAGCCGAGGACCUACUGGUGUAUCAGCACAUUGCGCAAGCAGGAGAUACAGGCAUCUGGACAAAGGACCUGAAGAACAGGACGAAUCUGCAGCAGCCGCAGAUCACAAAGAUCCUGAAGAACCUGGAUCAGCGCAGCCUGGUGAAGAGCGUGAAGAGUGUCAUCAAUCCCAGCCGGAAGGUCUACAUACUCUUUGAGCUGGAGCCUGCACGCGAGCUCACUGGUGGAGCCUGGUACACGGGCCAGGACUUUGAUGCUGAGUUCAUUCAGGUGCUGCAGCAGGCCUGCCAUAAGUAUAUCGAGAAUGAGGGUGUUGCCACGCUGGAGGAAGUCGCAGACUUCGUUCGCACAAAGGGAUUCUCCAGAGUGGAGUUGAGGGACGCGGAUGUGCUGUGCAUUCUGCGCACACUGGAGUUUGACGGGCUGGUUGAGAGCUCCUUGUCAGAUGAUGGGGAGGUGUACCGGCCGGCCAGACAUGUUGUGCCAAAGACUUCACCCUUCACAUCAAUGCCAUGUGGCGUCUGCCCUGUUAUCAAUGAAUGCUCGGAUGGCGGGGUAAUAUCUCCUUCCACGUGCACGUACUACCAAACAUGGCUGGACUUCUAG